AUGAAUAAGUCUUGUUUUGGAGCAUUCUUACUUCUGGCUUUCUUGUUCCCGGCAUCGGUUGACUGCUUGGUUCGCCAUUACAAUUUCAGUGUUGUAUUGACCAAUACGACAAAGCUUUGCUCAUCGAAGCCAACGGUCACAGUCAACGGCCAAUUUCCGGGUCCAACUCUCUACGCAAGAGAAGAUGACAAUGUGAUCGUAAGGGUGAUCAACCAUGUAAAUCGCAACCUCACAAUUCACUGGCAUGGAAUUAGACAACUGCGAACAGCAUGGGCCGAUGGACCAGCAUACGUGACACAAUGUCCAAUACAACCUGGCCAGAACUAUGUUUACAACUUCACACUCACAGGCCAGAGGGGGACACUUCUUUGGCACGCACAUAUCUCAUGGCUAAGGGCCACCGUACACGGUGCCAUUGUCAUUCUGCCUAAGCGAGGCGUUCCUUACCCUUUUCCAAAGCCUGAUAAGGAGAAGAUCAUCAUAUUAGCGGAAUGGUGGAAAGCAGAUGUUGAGGCUGUGGUUAACCAAGCUACACAAUCUGGCCAGCCACCAAAUGUCUCGGAUGCCCACACCAUUAAUGGCUUUCCAGGGCAGGUUCCUAGUUGUUCUUCUCAGGGCUACACUCUACAUGUCAAAACCGGCAAAACCUAUUUGCUACGCAUAAUAAACGCGGCACUCAACGACGAGCUCUUCUUCAAGAUCGCCGGCCACAACCUAACCGUCGUCGAAGCCGACGCCUCCUACACGAAGCCUUUCGAAACGGACACCAUAUUUCUCAGCCCGGGCCAAACCACAAACGCCCUCCUAAAAACAGACCAAGCCAUCGGCAAAUACCUUAUAGCAAUAAAUCCCUUCAUGGACGCCCCAAUUGGCUACAACAACGUCACUUCAUUCGCCACACUACGCUACAAAAAGACCCCUCCAAAUCCCAAGACCAUCCUAACCAAAAUCCCACCUCAAAACGACACCCCAAAAACAAAAGCUUUCAUCGACUCACUCAGAAGCCUCAACUCAAAACAAUACCCGGCAAAAGUCCCGCUAAACGUACACCAUUCACUUUUUUUAACCAUAGCGGUUGGGGUCAACCCAUGUGACACUUGUGUCAAUGGGACCAAACUCGUGGCUGAUAUCAACAACGUGAGCUUUGUGUUGCCCUCCAUUGCUCUCCUCCAAGCGCAUUACUACAACAUCGGAGCAGUCUUCACCGACGAUUUCCCCGGAAACCCGCCGUUUAGGUUUAACUAUACCGGUCCUUCUCCGGCGAACAUUCAGACCACAAACGGGACAAGGCUAUAUAGGUUGGCUUACAAUUCCAGUGUACAAGUUGUGUUGCAAGGGACUUCUGUGAUAGCCCCGGAGAACCACCCGACCCAUUUGCAUGGAUUCAAUUUCUACGUGGUUGGGAUGGGGUUGGGGAAUUUUGACCCGGUGGAGGAUCCGAAAAAGUUUAAUCUGGUUGACCCUGUUGAGAGGAACACCCUAGGAGUGCCUACUGCAGGGUGGGCUGCUAUCAGAUUCAGGGCUGAUAACCCAGGUGUCUGGUUUCUACAUUGCCAUUUAGAGGUGCACACAACGUGGGGCUUAAAGAUGGCAUUCCUAGUGGAGAAUGGUUUUGGGCCAAAUGAAUCUCUGCCACCGCCGCCUAGAGAUCUUCCAAAGUGCUAG